UCUAGUGGCAUCUUCCACAAACUCCCCACUUCCUUUCCUCCUUUUUGCUCAUUUGCAUUAUUAUUCUUCCCUUCCAUCUCUUAACCUUAGAGAUGGCAAAAGUUGCAGAUAAGUCCCUUUUUCCUAAGCCAUUUCUAAUCUUCUUUAUCUUGUCUAUCAUUUUUGGGUUUGGAAUAACUCUAUCUGAGGCUGGUUUUCCCAAAAUCAGACACUACAAAUGGGAGGUUGAGUACAUGUUUUGGUCGCCAGAUUGCGUCGAAAACAUCGUCAUGGGAAUCGACGGCCAGUUUCCCGGACCAACGAUUAGAGCCAACGUUGGCGAUACUGUCGUUGUGGAGCUGACUAACAAGCUCCACACUGAAGGUGUCGUUAUUCACUGGCAUGGAAUCAUGCAACGGGGUACUCCCUGGGCUGAUGGCACUGCUUCCAUCUCGCAGUGUGCCAUUAACCCAGGUGAAACAUUUACAUAUCGGUUUGUGGUGGAUAAGGCUGGGACAUAUUUCUAUCAUGGCCAUUUAGGGAUGCAAAGAUCGGCAGGGUUGUAUGGAUCUUUGAUAGUGGAUCCAGAAGAAGGAAAGAAUGAGCCAUUCCAUUAUGACGAAGAGAUCAACUUAUUGCUUAGUGAUUGGUGGCAUCAAAGUGUUCACAAGCAAGAAGUUGGUCUCAGCUCCAAACCAAUUCGUUGGAUUGGCGAGCCUCAGACCAUACUGAUAAAUGGGAGAGGGCAAUUUGAUUGUUCAAUUGCAGCUAAAUACAACAACAAUUUGAAGCAAUGUGAGCUGAAAGGAGGAGAACAAUGCGCACCGUUUAUCCUACAUGUCCUUCCCAAUAAAACUUAUCGGAUAAGAAUUGCCAGUACCACUGCCUUGGCUUCCCUUAACUUUGCCAUUGGAAAUCACCGUCUGUUAGUGGUAGAAGCCGACGGCAACUACAUUCAGCCAUUUCUAACAUCCGACAUCGACAUUUAUUCCGGCGAGUCAUACUCCGUACUCAUCACCACCGACCAACCCUCAUCGGAGAAUUACUGGGUCUCCAUCGGCGUUCGCGCACGGCUGCCCAAAACGCCUCCAGGACUGACCAUCCUCAACUACCUCCCAAACUCCGUCUCCAAAUUACCCAUUUCUCCGCCGCCGGAAACCCCCGACUGGGAAGAUUUCGACCGAAGCAAAAACUUCACAUUCAGAAUCUUCGCCGCCAUGGGCAGUCCAAAGCCACCGAUGAGAUACAACCGCCGCAUCUUCCUCCUCAACACCCAAAAUCGAAUGAACGGCUUCGUAAAAUGGGCAAUCAACAACGUCUCUUUAGCUCUCCCCCCAACGCCGUACCUCGCCGCCAUGAAAUUCAAACUAAACACCGCCUUCGACCAAAAUCCCCCACCGGAAACAUUCCCAAUAGACUACGACAUCAACAACCCACCGCAGAACGCAAAUACCAUCACCGGAAACGGCGUUUACCGUUUCAAUAUGGGGGAAAUCGUAGAUGUGAUUCUACAAAACGCAAAUAUGUUGAAUGACAAUACAAGCGAGAUUCAUCCUUGGCAUUUACACGGCCAUGAUUUUUGGGUUUUGGGAUAUGGAGAGGGGAAAUUUUCCGCCGCCGUGGAUGAGAAGAAAUUGAAUCUGAAAAACCCACCGCUGAGGAAUACGGUGGUUAUAUUCCCAUAUGGGUGGACGGCGAUUCGAUUUGUGGCAGAUAAUCCUGGCGUUUGGGCGUUUCAUUGUCAUAUUGAACCUCAUUUACAUAUGGGAAUGGGGGUUGUGUUCGCCGAAGGAGUUCAUAAAGUCGGGAGGAUUCCGACGAAGGCUUUGGCUUGUGGCGGCGCUGCGAAGGCUUUGAUUAAUAACAAUCCCCCACAAGACCCUAGGAAGAGAAACCCUUAAAAAACCCUAGAGAAUAGUAGGAAGUAAUGGGAAACCCCUAAAAUACCAUAGGAGGUAGUUUGUGGGUUUGGGGAAAUGUUCUGUUGUAAGGACUGAAUAAAUUAAAUUUAGGCGUUUGACAAACGAAUUUUAAAUUUGUCAAUGUUAAACUGCGGGUUAGUAUUUAGCUUUGGGGAAGUAAAUUAAUCUUAUGUUGUGUCUGUUUAGUGUGAA